GAAGAAAUGCCUUUCAAUUGCACAGAAAUAGCAGAAAAAAGAGACAACAACCAAACCGAAAAUCAAGGUAUCUGUAACUGGCCUUACAUACAAUGUCCAGGCGAAGAUUUUUGUGCGGAACCCUGCGAUGGUUAUGCAGAAUGCACUAGACAACCAAACUACGAUGAAAGCACAGCGGCUGGUUGUCCCAAAACACUCUGUCAAGCUAAUCUUUCCGCAACUCCAACUGAACAAGAGUUCACUUCGGCAAAUUUUCCAAAUUACUAUUCGAAUAAUUUAGACUGUGAAUGGAUAAUCAGCGCACCUGAAGACCAAAAAAUUGAACUAACUUUUAAAGAAGUUUUCGUCGAGGGCGAACCCGGCGCUUGUAUUGACUUCAUUACGAUUUACAAUGGGGGUGCUAGAAAUGCGUCGGUUCUAAAGAUCUCAGAUUACCGACGAUUCUGCGGCUAUUCGCCUCCAAGUUCGCCGACAGUCAUUUCCGAGGGCUCGGAAGUUAUGAUUGUUUUCAAAACGGAUUUUACUGUUGUCGAGGAGGGUUUUAGAAUUGGGUACAAAUCAAUUUCGUCGAGUGCAGCCGAACGACGACAAAAACGAGAUGCUUUCCUGUACUCGGCCGGUGAAAAAGCCGAAGGGUUAGUCGUCAAAAAUAUGCGGAAACGAAAAAGCACGACUCGACACCGGCGACAAGCUUCGACGCCAUCUGGAGAAUCUGGUUCUUCUGAGGUCACUAAUUACGAUUAUGACUACGAGUAUGCGCCCUAUAUCUCGGGAUCCGAAUACGAGUCGUUUUACGACAACUUCAACCCGACAGACCAGUUCUUUAACGUAUCCAGUAACGACUAUUUCUCUAUGUACAAGAAGUCGAAUCUGCCAGACUAUUCGGACUUCAGACUGGCCACUACUUUUACUGAAAGCGAAAUAGAGUACAACGGAUAUAAAGCUAAUGAUUUCAUCGUCCAAUGCACGUUUGACAACAAAAAAUGUGACUCGACCUGGUUCAAAACCUUCCAAGAUCCCUACUAUGGGAACUGCUUCAGCUUCAACUCAAUCCUAGACCGAAAUCUAUCUGAAAAACUGUUCAUUCGAUCCAGCAGCAAAACAGGCGUGUGUUUUUACUUAAACGACUCAAAAUCGUCAAAACAUAAAAAAUAA